AUGGAUAAAAAUGACGAUUCCAUCUUGUCGAAGAAGAACGACGAUGAGAUUGUUGUUUCCAAAAAUUGGAAAGCUUACACUUAUUCCAUAUCCUUAGACUUCAUCUUCAUUGUCUUCCCCAUGCUCUUGUUUUUCACCGUUCUAUCAGAAUGGGUUUAUCUUGGAACAGUUUUGCUAUCGCUGUUGUUACUGGUCCUUUCUGUGACUGCCAAAAGAUCUUCUUCAGGGUUGCAGAGAGGACAGUCUCUCUCCUUUAGAGCAAAUGUAUCUUCUUAUAGAGUUGCUCUGAUGCUAAUCACAUGCUUGUGUAUCCUGGCUGUUGACUUCACCAUAUUUCCAAGGAGGUACGCCAAGACAGAGACUUACGGUACUAGCUUGAUGGAUCUUGGGGUUGGCUCUUUUGUGUUGGCUAAUGCUAUAGUCUCUAGGCAAGCCAGGGACGUUUCAUCGGGAAACUGGAUUACUGGACUUAAGGCAACUGCUCCUCUUUUAUUACUCGGGUUUAUUCGUUUAGUCACCACUUCGGGUGUGGAUUAUCAGGUCCACGUUACGGAAUAUGGACAACACUGGAAUUUCUUUUUCACACUCGCAGCCAUAUCAAUUCUCACAUCAUUUGUUAACAUACCAGCAAAGUACUGUGGAGUCCUAGGUUUCGCUAUUCUUGCAGGGUACCAAACUUGGUUGGUUAGUGGACUGAACACAUAUCUACUUUCCGACGAAAGAGGAGUUAACAUUAUCAGCAAGAACAAGGAAGGAGUAUAUAGCACUCUUGGUUAUUGGAGCAUGUACCUUCUCGGCGUUCACUUAGGCUAUCGUCUCUUUUACGCAAAACAUUCGAAUACUCGAAGCACCACGAGCUCAAUCGCUAGAGUCUUUCUCGUUUCUCUUCUAUUAUGGAUUGUGACUAUAUUUGUUGACAACUAUGUCGAGAGGAUUUCCCGUCGAACGUGCAACAUGCCUUAUGUUACUUGGGUGCUCGCUCAAGAUCUUCAGGCGCUGGGUAUAUUUAUGCUUUCGAGUUAUAUACCUAUGAACAAACUAUCAUCCCUCGAAGAAGCAAUUGACCAGAAUCUUUUAGCUACAUUUCUUCUUGCAAACGUUUUUACAGGAAUGGUGAACCUCGCCGUGGAUACCAUAUUUGCUUCGCCACUAUCUUCCCUUGUGAUAUUAACCGGUUAUGCCUUUGCUUUGUCUGCGAUUAUCGGAACCAUUCAUUUCUCCGGUUUCCGCGGAUGGCGUCGGUUUCUACUGCUUGUUCCUGUGCUCUUCGUUCUUCCUCACCUCUCGUCAUUUGUUGAUUUCUCUUCGACUUCGGCUAGGAACGAAGCGCAGAGCAUCCGUAGCAAGAAAUUAGAUCACCUCGUGCUCGGUCCUGCGGCUGGAGUAGGCUUUCCGGAUAGAUUGCAUUGCCGAGGCACCAAGGCUCUGAACAAGACUCACACUACAGCUUCUCAAGUGCCUGGUGCUGGAAAUGGUGUUUCUUUUGUCACAGUGUUUACUGUCUACAAUACACCCCUCGAUAAUCUGAAAUCCUCCAAUAUGGUUUCUGUUGUUGGGAACGAUACCUACACCAAGCCAGAGAGGUCAAUGGCAGUUCUAAACGCAUUCACCAACUUCAUUCAGGUGAGUAUGCCCAAGAGCAACGUUGUCAUAUUGACUGAUCCAGCUUCUCGUCUCCUCAUUCAAGCAAGCAACGUGAUGGUACAGCCUAUUCCGGGUGAUUAUUCACGGGGUAACCUGAUGCUUCAAAGAAUCAGGUCUUACAUUACCUUUCUAGAGAUGAAGCUGGAGAAGAAUGAUGGUGGGAUAAACCACUAUAUCUUCACUGAUUCUGAUAUAGCUGUGGUUGAUAACAUCGAGAGUAUAUUUGACACGCAUCCAAACUUCCAUAUGGCUCUCACAUUCAGGAACAAUAAAGAUCAACCGCUGAAUUCAGGAUUUAUAGCAGUGAGAGGCACACGUGAAGGGAUCCUAAGGGCUAAAGUUUUUCUUGAGGAAGUUCUAAAAGCUUACAAAACCAAGUAUAUGAAGGCUUCGCGUAUGCUUGGUGAUCAACUAGCUUUGGUGUGGGUUGUAAAAUCUCAACCUUCAUUUGAAGCAAAGAGAUUUACAAAGCCACAAGCUUUCACACAAGAGAUAGCUGGAGCUUCGGUGCUGUUUUUACCAUGUGCUUUAUACAACUGGACUCCUCCUGAAGGUGCUGGUCAGUUUCAUGGCAUGCCAUUAGAUGUCAAGAUUGUUCACUUCAAAGGAUCAAGGAAACGCUUAAUGCUAGAGGCAUGGAACUUCUACAAAUCUACUUCCAACAUUCCAGAUAUGUUGUGUCUUGUUCUAGGUAGUGGAAGAACUAAAUACGAUUUCUAAACUGAGAAAAAAAAUGGUGGAACCAAUUUGUUUAUGUUGACGAUAACGACUUGUUCUGUGUUACAUUUCUUGAAUAUCUCUUGUAAUUUUUUUAUUCGACCUUAGGAGAUCAACCAAAUUCACUACUCGAGACGUGAAAUAAAUAAAUUAAAUAAAAUACCGAUGGGUCUGUUCACUCUGUUACAAUCCUCAAAUUUACUCAAACAAACAAGAAUUAAAAGAUCAUCGAUCAAAAACAAUCAUCUAGCGGCGGCUUUCUUCUCGCCGGAGUAAUAACUCAGAUACCAUCUCACGAACUUCUUCAAUCCCGUCUGCAAAUCCGUCGUCGGUUUAUACCCAAGCUCGCGUUGAGCUAAGCUGAUAUUAGCGUGAGUGUACGGAACGUCGCCGUUUCGUGGCAUCUUGAUCACAUUCCUCUUCGCCUUCACUUUCAAGUGCCUCUCCAGUAUACUCACCAGAUCGGAAACCGGCACCGGCGAUGUGUUCCCGAGGUUAAACACUCUCAGUUGCGCCGGCCCUCUCUUCUUCCCUCCGGUUCCUGUACUCUUCUCCGCCGUAUCAAGCGCCGCUAAACAUCCCUUCACGAUAUCGUCGAUGUAAGUGAAAUCCCUGGCCACCGUGCCGUGGUUCGCCGAUUCGAAAACCGAUAUCGAUUUCCCUUUCAGAAUAUCCUUUGUGAAGAAGAAAUACGCCAUGUCUGGUCUUCCCCAAGGUCCGUACACGGUGAAAAACCUUAGCCCCGUGAGGGACAACCCGUAGAUGUGGUUGUACGUGUGCGCGAUUUCUUCGCCGGCUUUUUUAGUCGCGGCGUAUAAACUCGCCGGUUGAUCUGUUUUGUCUUUCUCGGAAAACGGGACUUUCGUGUUGAGUCCAUAGACGGAGCUAGACGAAGCCCAGACGAUUGCAGGUUGCGGAUUAGCCGAUUUGCAGAUCUCGAGGAGAUUGACUAAUCCGGCGAUGUUGCUGUGAAUAUACGAGCUGGGAUUUUCCAUUGCGUACCGUACUCCGGCUUGAGCCGCCAAAUGCAUAACGUGAGUGAAGGAGACGAUCUUGAAGAGCUUACGGAGCAAUUCGACGUCGUUUAUGUCUCCUUCUACGAUGAAGACCCCGCUUCUCUCUAGUAAUGCCUGUCUCGCUCGUUUCAGGGAUGGGUCGUAGUAAUCGUUGAAGUUGUCGAGGCCGAUAACGCCGUCGCCUCGGCGUUUCAAAGCGGAGGAGACGUGUGUCCCGACGAAACCGGCUGCUCCGGUGACUAAGACGGUGAUUCCGUUGUUUGAGCUCCGGAUUCGAGCGGAGGCUCGGAGGCGUUUUUCCCAAGCGGGUCCUCCGUAGCUGUAGGUUCGUAGCGAGCGGCGAGAUGGAUCGGAUUGCGAGGGAUUAACGGACGGCGGAGAUCGGAGGAAGAGUAUGGAGAUGAGGCAGAGGAGGAAGAAGGAGAAAAAUGCGAAUUUGGUGAGAGACGAUUGAAAUCUGAGACGAUGGAAGUAAGAAGACUUCUCCAUCUUGAAUUUGCCUGGGCUUGAAGGUAUGUCGUCAAGACGCGACAUUUUGUGAUGAAAGUGAAAGGAAAAUGGUGGUUUCUGGGUUUUCCUUUAAACACCUUUCUUCUUCUCUCUUACUUUUCCUUUUUAGUUUUUAUGGCAGCUUCUUAGAAUCUUCAGGUUUCUUGUAGGGGUUAAAUUAAAGAAACUUUCUUUAUUAUGACUCCACAAUGAGAAACACGGAUAUUACCGUUUACUAAUUUAUAAUCGAGGAUCAAAGUUUGGUUACAGGGUGUGAUAAAGAGAGUGUGACUUAUGAAUUAGAAAGAACAUGGGGAUUGAAGAUUUAGAGAUCCAAAUCUUAGAAAAGAAUAAGAAAGAGAGUCAAAA